AUGGCUACAGCUAAGUUCUUUGCUGCUAUGAUCUUGGCACUCAUUGCCAUUUCCAUGCUUCAAACAGUGGUUAUGGCUGCAAAUGGGCGUGGAGACCACCUGAAUGAUAACAAGAGCAAAUAUGGAAGUGGGAGUCUCAAGAGUUACCAAUGCCCAUCACAAUGCUCGAGGAGAUGUAGCCAGACCCAAUACCACAAGCCCUGCAUGUUUUUCUGUCAGAAGUGCUGCAGAAAAUGCCUGUGCGUGCCCCCAGGGUAUUAUGGUAAUAAGGCCGUGUGCCCUUGCUACAACAACUGGAAGACCAAGGAAGGAGGACCCAAGUGCCCUUGA